CUACAACAGAGACACCAACCACAACCGAGAAGCCCACAACAACCACAACCCAGAAAUCUACAUCUCCCUCACCCACAACUCCCACACCACCCAUCUGUCCUGAAUGGAAUGUAACAGUAAAUGAAACCUUCUAUUUGUGUAAGUGCUACAUGGCCCGAUGCAUUGAGAAUUAUACAAUUGAAAUUAUUCCACUUGUAUGUCCACCCCUUGAGAACAUCACUUGUACCAAUGGAAAGGAACCAGUUUUGGUGUGGGAUGAGUACCUUUGCUGCCAGCAUUACGCAUGUGACUGCGUCUGUGAAGGCUGGGGAGAUCCUCAUUACAUCACAUUUGAUGGAUUAUUCUACAGUUAUCAAGGAAACUGUACUUACGUCUUGAUGGAAGAGAUUUUACCAAAACAUCAUUUGAACAUUUAUAUUGACAAUGUCUACUGUGAUCCCACUGAAGAUGUUUCUUGUCCACGAUCAAUAAUUAUAUCUUACAAAGGAGAUGUUAUUACAUUCAUAAAUCAUAACCUCAUUGGAGCAGCACAGUUGGAGGCACAGAGAAACGGAGUCCGUCUGAAACUACCAUAUGCUACACAUGAUGUUAAAAUCUUGGAUUCUGGAAUUAACCUGAUUUUGGAGAUCCCCAGCCUAAAAGUGGUCAUUACAUUUGGAAUAACUGGCUUCAGUGUCACCCUUCCAUAUCAAUCAUUUGGUGGUAACACACAAGGCCAUUGUGGCACAUGCAAUAACAACCAGGCUGAUGACUGCAUGCUGCCUGGAGGGAAGCUGAUAGAAGACUGUGCAGUGAUGGCUGAUUAUUGGCCUGCAAAACACAUUUAUCAACCCAAAUGCCAAAUACCAUCUGUACUGCCCACCAAUGCACCUGGGCCUGCACCAACCUCUACUCCAUGCAAACCAGACUCCAUAUGUCACCUGCUUACGAGCAGUCUCUUCGCAGCGUGCCAUCCCUUUGUCUCUCCUGACAAUUUCUACCGAGGUUGUGUUUUUGAUGGCUGCCAUGUUGCCAACCCAGCAGUGGAAUGCACAAGUUUACAGACUUACGCCGCUGCCUGCGCUCAGGUGGGGGUUUGUCUGCACUGGAGGAACCACACCACCCUGUGUGAGGGUGCCUGCCCGUCAAACAAAGUUUACAAACCCUGUGGUCCUGCAGAACAAGCAACCUGUGACGACAAUCCUAAUGAAUCAACCAUGAACUACACUACAGAGGGUUGCUUUUGUCCUGAUGGGAUGAAACUCUUCAACAAAGACUCUGGCGUGUGUGUUGACAAGUGUGGAUGUCUUGAUCCUGAGGGAAUUCCCCGAGAGUUUAAUGAGAGGUUUGACUACAAAUGCCAAACCUGCAUCUGUGAGGAGUCGACCAAGACUGUGAGUUGCAAACCUAAGGCAUGCCCAAAACCACCAAUAGCAAACUGCAGUGAACCUGGGUUUGUCGUCAUCAACCAAACCAAUCCAUCAGACUCCUGCUGCUCUUCCUUUGUUUGCCAAUGUCAAAGCAGCAAGUGCCCAGUCUACAACAUGAACUGUCCGAUAGGUUAUAAACCCGUUAUUAGUGUUCCUGAGGGAAAAUGCUGCCCAGAACGAGCUUGCGAGCCCAAAAGGGUUUGUGUUCACAAAGAGAGUGAAUAUCAGCCUGGCUCUCCAGUUCCUGCGCCUAAAUGUCAGGAUUGUGUCUGUACAAAUGAGGUGGACCCGCGUUCUGGUCUCUUCAAGAUACAUUGUGAAUUUCAGAAAUGUCAAACAGACUGUGACAUGGGAUAUGAAUAUAUGGAAACUGAUUCCCUUGAAUGCUGUGGGAAGUGUGUGCAGACUCACUGUAUUGCCAUUGUUAAUGAUACCAAGAACCUCUUAAAGCCAGGAGACACCUGGUCACCACCACUGAAUCAGUGCGAGCAUUACUCCUGUCUUAUGAUUGGUGAUACUUUAACAACAUAUAAGUCACACGUUGUCUGCCCAGCAUUCGUGAAGGAAGACUGCCAACCAGGCACAAUUGAGACUGCAGCAAAUGGCUGUUGUAAAAUUUGUGUGUCGAGGGAUAAAGGCUGCAAAUUAGUGUCCAUGAAACAGAAAGUUAUGCACAACCGCUGUCAGUCUAACGAGGAGGUAGAUAUGCCAUAUUGUGAAGGAUCCUGCAACACCUUCACCAAGUAUUCUGAAGCAGCAGCUGCUAUGCAGCAUUCAUGCUCCUGCUGCAAGGAGACACGCUCCAGCAAUCGCACCAUUGCGUUACACUGUCUGAAUGGAGACGUGGUGCCCUUUUCAUACACCCAUGUAGAUGAGUGUGGCUGUGGCCACAGAGAUUGCGCCACAGCUGCUGCACAACUGACUCGCAGGAGGCGAAGCUCUACACUGGUGUGAUGAAAAUUGGAAAUGGAAGUGAAAUGUAAAAAUUUCUUCCCGUAUUAUCUUAACAAUGAUUACACUUUUUCCAAAGCACUCGCCUUUGUAGAAUUUAUCUGUCUAUUAAUCAAAUAAAAAUAUGCAACACUG